GUUCAAACUUAUUGCAAUCGUUGAUUCACAUAUUUCAAGACGAUUAGAUUGCCGUAAUAUUUCUCGCUGGAUCUACCGUCUUAUGUGGGACUAGUUUGGUGCAGAAAUAUCUACUGGUGUGCGCUUUAGACGCUAAUUAUUUCAGAAUAGUUGUAAAAAUCCAUUAGCCACAGGUUACCUGCAACGCACGGGACGCUCGUCUUCACUGUCGGCGUGCUAUGUUAUUCACGUCUGAAACUGUUUAAUAUCGAUCUUCUGAGUGAGUAGCAACGUUAACCAACACGCAUGCAAUCCGAUAGUUUGCAAAAGGCGAACCAGUGUAAUCAACUCGGAAUUACAAAGUCACAAUGAAGCCAGACUUCAGUCCAGGGAAUGGCAAAAGCCUUUCCGAAAGUACUACCAAGCCCGCGCCCUCUGAGUACACCGGACAUGAAGAAGAUGUGGACCUGCCUUUUGUAAUUGUAAAACUUGAGGACGAGGAGAGCACUACGCAGUCGGAUUCAGAUGAAUGGAUGCGCCCCGUAGAAUCUACAGAAGAAGCAGAAGAUGAUCAAAACGAUACAGAUGACACCGAAAUCUCGGAAGAGAUAACGCACCAUUCAGAUGGUGUCUUUCUAAGAGAUCAUGGUCCAGGAGAACAGACACUGGACAAAGAUGGUUACCAAGAACAUGCCAGGGUCCGUAAGAAGAGACUUUCUUUACGAAUAAAAUGUGUUCAGAGGCAAGCAAGAAGGCAAAAAACGAAGAGCAUGUUAAAUGGCAGGGGCAAGAGGCCUGUGGGCAAGAAAUGCAAGAAGCCCUUCUCUAAAAUCCAGGGCUUUGCAAAGCUGGCAUUCAUGGAGUCCCAAAGGAGAGAGACACCAACAAAGAAACCCACUGAAAAAGAAUUCCUUGUGAGCUCACUGAACACAGAAGAACUGGAAGAAAGUACGAUGGAGACGGAUUACUCCCAUGCUGCUGACAAACACCCUUCUCAGAUCAGUGAUGUACAUCACCCAUCUGCCGGAAGUCAAGGCUGUUGGAAACAAGGAGUAGACUUGCCGGUCACUAGCGUCUCAGCUCCCUACAACAGACUGAAGUCUGACCAAGUAAUCAGCCCACAGCAGGCCACAGAACCACCUCUCUUUGUCACUAAAGACGGUGCUGAAAAUGCAAAAUGCAAUGAGAAGCAGGAGGGUGUACUGUCUGAAGUCCUGAAUUAUUGCAAGUUCAUGUGGACAUCCAUCCAGAGGCUUGAGCAGAAAGUUGACAGCCUUCAGUCAAAUCUUUCAAGCAUGCAGGCAUUGCAAAUGAGUCUUCAACAUCCUUUUAAGGAGUCAGCGUCCCAGCGUCCCCCGCCCAGUACAACAAGCUAUUCACCGUGGGCCGUAACCCCACCCCCCAUCACCUUAAGGUUCACAAGGAGUCGACUCGAGCCUGGGAGAGGUCCCUCUCAUGGGCUUGCACAGGAAGACAGGCCCUCCUUUUUCUAUCAUCACUAUGUGCCUCCCAGCAUCCGUCGCCCCCCCUUCCUCCUUUCUCGAAAUACUGCAGGUUGCCCCCGUGAUCCUCCUCAGUGUCACUUACAGGCCAGGGCUGUGGGCAGAGGAAGGGAAUCUGUGAUGGGGAAAGAUACCAAGGCCUCUGCAGAGGAUCAACAGCUAGGCAAGUAA